CGGGGCCGCUCCCUCCCUCCCUCCAUCAUUGGCGACGGGUGGCCAUGGCGGCGGUGUUGCGGGGCGGCGCUCAGCCUGGUAAUAGCAGCUACAAAACUGAAUAGUAGAAGCCUUCCUUGACAGUGAGAGGAGUUCGUCAGUUCUGGGGCUCCUAAUAACCCCGUGGCGGUCGCAUGGUGUACGUAACUGCUGGCAUUACCCAUUGGCUAAGUGCAUAUCCCGUAGCAUUCGGCUAGAGAAAGUUACUACAGAGCAACCGAAGGACAGUGUCGUCCUAUCCCUGGGUAACUGCAGCUUCAGGGAACCAGAGGUUCUCUAGGGAUCAGGACUUCUUUUCUGCUGUGAUCUCACUGGGGAUUGCAGCCCCUAAUGCGGGGCCGGGCAAUUAUUUCGCCGUAAUGAGUUUUGUGAGCUGUCCAGGGCCUCAAGAGUAGCCCUGUCUCUUGACACAUGCCCUGCCCGUGGUUGCCAUCUUGGGACCAGAUGUCCUGCCCCUGACCUUUGCCACCAGAAGUCCCUCCCCUUGUCCCCAGAAGUACUCCUUUUAAGGAGGGGGAGUUGUCAUCUUUGAACCAGAAAAAAACCAUAUACUGAAAGUUAGGGCUGUGUGAAACUUCGCUGGCUGUUUCAUUUCAAAACUGUUUUGACUCGUUUCAAACUUGAAACAGCAAAAUCGGAACGAAAGGCUUAGAAACAGCCUCAGAAUGAAACAAGGGCUGUCAAAAUGUUUUGAAAGUUUUGAAACAUUUCAAAGCUGAUGCUGGGCUUGUUUGUGGGGAAACAGAAAGUAAGGAGAGGGAAGGGGAAGUUGUGGGGAAGGAACUGCUCUCAUAUUGACUGUGUAGCUGUCCGGCGACUGUGAUCCUUCCCUGAGGUCUCUUCCAAUCCCAGUGCUCUGGGAGAGGGAUGGAAAAACAGCAUACAGAGCAGCAUUGUUUGAAUUGAGCUGCUUUCUGCCUUGGGGUCAGUUACUGAGCUGUGUCUUCCAGCAGCUCAGCAGCAUCAAACAACAAAGACUAUCGUUUCCUGCUUGCUAGCUUGUCCGUAGCAAGUGGGAUUCAUCAGUAUCUUUUGCUUUCUAUACCCUUUUAUUUUAUUAUUACAGGCUUUCAUUCCUUUCAAUUUAUUCCUCCCCCAAAAUCCUCUUUUUGUUUUUGUUAGUCUAUUUUGAUUCUUUUCCCCCUGAAAAGAAAUCUGUGCUUUCUCUCACAGUGUGCAUUCCAUUCACUGUGCAGGGAAGCACAGCAUAUAUUGCAUAUUAUGAUAUAGAAUUUAUUCGGGAGCACACAAUAUUUAUAUUUUUUAUUUAUUACAUAAAUACAUGCAUGUAUUACAUGAAUACACAUACAUAUACAAUUAUCUACAUAUAUUACAUAAAUCAGAUUACAUUACAGAAGAGUGCACAGAUUUUCCAGCAUACCACGCCAAAGACGCUAUGAAACACACCACGAAGCAUGCCCGAAAGGCAGCUGGCAAGCCUUCAUGGAAUGGUGGAAGAGAGGGUAGAGGGAGAGCUGUAAGUCCCAUCCCCCCCAAACUGAGAUGCAGCCUCUUUGCUACAACAAGCAGGCAUGAGUCUUCCAAUUCUACAGGCAGCAAGGAGGAGGGCACAGUGCCACUGCCUGUGCAUGAGUCUGCAUCCCCUCCAAGAGCACCAGCCAUAAUCCCUGCCACCACCACCAUGACAACAAGCAGCAGCACCAGCAUGACAGUCUCCUCAACCCCUGUUUCACUUCCCAUGCUGAACCUUCCAGUGCCAGAGGAAGAGCUAGAUCUGGAUCUGAGUGCCACAGCAAGAGAAAUUCUGGGGAAGGAGGGGGAAUCAUCUGAGUUUGUGCUCCACACCUCUCAAGUUUCCCCUAGAGCCAGGUCUCCUUCCCCAGAAGGCACUUCAGAGGAGGUUGAGGUAGAGGUUGCAGAGGGAAGCGCUUCAGCUGAAUCCACUCCUCCUGUUGCUGUGCCUCGGCCUGCUGAGGAGGUGGAAAAGGCAGCAUCCGCACAUGUACCCGCACCUCAGAAGCGAGCGGGUAGUGUGGUCUGGAAUCAUUUUGAGUUGGCAGAUGAUCCCACGUAUGCUAUCUGCCUGCACUGCCGAACCAGAACCAGCCGGGGUAAGGGAUCAAAACACAUGAGCACCACGGGGAUGCUGAUGCAUCUCCGCAGGCACCACCCCCUUGCCCUUGCUCCUCACCCCCUUGCCCUUGCUCCUCAGCCUGGCACCAGUGGGAGCGUGCCCAAAAAGAAGUCCUCCUCUCACUCCAAAGCCCCCACUCCCCCAAACCAGAGGCAAGUCACCCUAGAACAGUGGGGAAAAGGCGGACAGAAAGCGGGGCGCAUUGCAAAGGCAAGCGAGAUCACCCAAAGCAUUGGGGAGAUGCUUGCUGUGGAUGACCAGCCCUUCUCCUUAGUUGAGCGGCCAGGGUUCAGGCGACUCAUAGCACUCGUGGCCCCAUCAUACCAAGUGCCCGCACGUACUACCUUCAGCAGGACAGUAGUGCCCUCCCUGUAUGAGGCAUGUAGGGAAUACUUGAGGGAGGAACUGCGCAACGCAGGUCCGCAGGUGGCCUUACACUUCACCUCAGACAUCUGGAGCAGCCAGGGUGGAGAUCAUGCAUACUUCUCCCUCACAGGGCACUGGUGCGACCAGUCAGGCCAUCGGUGGGCUCUCCUUCAAGCCGAGGUAAUGGAUGAGUCCUACACAGCAACAGAGAUCAUGGGGGCCAUGAACCGCUUGGUGCAGGGGUGGCUCGGGCAAGCCGAGCUCAUCCGCGGGUUCAUGGUCACCAACAACGGAGCCAAUAUGGUCAAGGUGGUCCGUUACGCCAACUUUGUUGGCAUCCACUGUGUGGCACACAAGUUGCACCUCAUUGUCAAGGAUGCCUUGGAGGGGGACAGGGCUGCCGGUGAUGGCGCCAGCACCACCAGCAAGCUCAUUUCCAAAUGCAGGAAGGUGGCAGGCUACUUCCACCGGAGCAUCAAGUGGGGCAAGAUGCUACAGGACAAACAGGCAGAGCUGAACAUCCCGCAGCACAAAAUCAUACAGGAUGUGGAGACUCGGUGGAACUCCACAUACCUGAUGCUCGAGAGGCUGGUAGAGCAACAGAAGGCCAUCCAUGAGAUGGCCUUGCCCGGGGAGAUUGGGAUCAGCGGCCCCCUUAACAGAGCUGAGUGGGAUACCAUCUCCCAGAUCUUGGUAGUCCUCAAGCCCUUCCUCGAGGCCACCGAGACCCUCAGCGCUGGUGAUGCCCUCCUUAGCCAGGUGAUCCCUGUAGUGAGGGAACUUCAGAACCAAAUGGAGAAGUUCCAGGGAAUCAGUGUUCCUGGCUGGGGCAAGCCUCUGUCACCGGACGUGCAGGCACUGGUGAGGCAGCUGAAGGAGGGCAUCAGGAAACAGCUUGAUCCCUUGCAAUCCAGUACAGUCCAUGUGCUAGCCGCCAUGUGUGACCCAAGGGUGAAGGGGAGCAUAUGUGGCAGACAAAGCCUGGCUCAGUGGACAGAGGUGCUGGUGAAGAGAGUCAGGGACGCAGAGGGGCGGAGGCGGGGGGACGUGGAAGAAGGGGAUCCACUGUCCUGUGCCAGCAUGCUACCCACCAGCCAGUCUCCUCCUCCACCACAGGUGCUGCCAAUGUGGGCCAAGGGCAUGGCUUCCAUGGUGGGGUCCAGAGGCACCAGACCCCACUAUCAGGCAGGUAGCGCUCAGGCCCUGGUGGCUGCCUAUCUCGCCGAGGACGUGGAGCCACUGCUGUGCAACCCCUUGGCCUACUGGGCAAGCCGCAGCCAGAUGUGGCCAGAUCUGGCCACGGUUGCCCGGGAACACCUGUCUUGUCCACCGACCAGUGUUCCAAGUGAGAGGGUGUUCAGCAUUGCUGCGGAUGUUGUGACACCCCACCGCACCUCCUUGGAUCCUGGCUUGGUGGAGCAGCUGGUGUUCCUCAAGGUGAAUCUCCCGCUGCUGGGGUUCCCCAAGCUCCAGGUGCAGACGGAGUGAAUGCCACCCUCCUCACUCUGUCUGCAGCUAUUUCCAUUGUAUUUUUUUUAAACCAGUUAAUGCCCUACUCUCAGAGCUGGAGGGGGCAUUCACUGCAUCACCAGCCAUCAAGGAAAAAACAUGUCCCUGCUGAGCUGCCAUGCCAGGACAAACUUGGAGGUACGGACUGGGGCUAUGGGAAAAGAGGAGGCCCCAGGUCCUGGACAUGACCACUAAAACUGUACUCUGCCAGGGUCAGGAGGCCUGGUGGGACUGCCUGUGGCGUGGCAGCCCCAGGAAAUGCCAGGACCGAGGAUUCCCCUGGUGAAAGGCGGGUAGGAGGCGCCAUAACCUCCUGCCACUACACGCACGUACACAGUCCUGGCCUGAGGCUUGCUGGUUGCAGUGGAGUUGUGAAGCUCCAGGUGAGCUCAGCUUAGCUGCCUGGGAUGCCAGCUUUCGGGUUGAAAAACCCUUUGUCAGGCUGAGGAAGCACCUGCAAUUGGUGUGUGUGCUGUUCCUGGAUGGAAGGAAUAGUAAAGAAGCCAGAGGCUGGCAUGCAAUGCAGGCAAGAAAGCCAGUCAGUGAAAAUGGAAAUAGAGGCAUCAGGGGGUGAGGGACAGGCUGGGUGGGGGCGAGGAAGUUAUCAUCCCUGCUGUUUUCAUUCAAAUCAGGCAAGAAAUGACAAAGUUAUAGGCAGUUUCAUGAUUCCUCAUUACAGCCUAUGGGCAAAAUGUCAAAAUGCUUCGAAACAGCAAAACAGUUUUAACAAAACGAAAUGGAACAGUGCUUCGGAACGAAACGUCAAAACGAAACACUGUCCCUUUGAAACGGCGAAAUGGAAGUCAAAACGAAACGGUGCUGUUUUGCACAGCCCUACUAAAAGUCAAAUACCUACUAUAACGUAUUUUAAUUUUAUUACCAAAAGUAUUUUUGUUGUGAAUUGUGUCUGCAUACUGCAUGUAGAGGUGAUUGCAUAAUAACUCAAAAAUAAAAUCUUAUUCUUGUA